AUGGUAAAAGGCCGCUUUACCAUCAACCCGUUCAAAGAAUUAGUUCUUGCACCUUCUGACACGGACAAUCUUCACGAGAUUUCUAGUGCUAUUGUCGCCACGAAUUUGUCACGAUAUGAAGAUUUCAUUCACGUUGACGGAGGUCAGAUUGACCAUAGUCACUGGAAACUUGUCAAAAGUCGAGACAAUACCCAAGUCUUUCAGGAAAAAAUGACAGGCUCUAGUCGUAGUACAGUGUCACUCCAUCAAACUGCUGAUACUUCGUCACAUCUGCCAUCGUUGCUCUGCGUUGGUACAACGGUGGGUGAAAUGGAAGACAUGAUGUUUGGGGUGGUUAAUCCGACACUUGAAAUCAUGCGCAUCAAAGCUUCGUAUGUCGAAGACUUGAGUGGCGCUGCUGUUCUUGCAACUAUCGUCGAGCCAACCGUAGAAAGUCCAUUCGAUUCUCUCGUCGUCAAGUGGAUGGAGAUGGAUAUUCCUCUCCAGUCGAUGGGUAUUGUAAGAAAUCGCGAUUACAUUUACGUCGAGGCGACAGGCUUUGUGCAUUUUUCUACUGGCGAGAGAGUUGGGUAUCAUAUCUUGCACUCAGUUGACUUCCCAGAGACACAUGAACUGCCAAAUCGAGUUCGUGCAAACUUGUCAAUCUGUGGCUUCUUUCGGCAAAUUCGACCAAACGUCAGCGAGAUUUUCCUCACUGGUUUAAUGGAUCCGGGUGGUGACAUGAUUCGGAUGCUUGUUGUGCCUACGAUAGCUAACACGUUACUGUCGACGCUCAAAUACGCUCACUGCGGUCAGAUGAAGAAGUUGCAGUACACUUUGGAGAAGCGCUACGCUGAAGCAAAGGAACUGGGUGCCCCAAACCGAGAGCUCGUCUGCGUGACUUGUAAUGCCCAUAUCACGAACCGAAGACUUGGAGAUUUUGGCAAGUCCGACACAACAUGCAAACUUUGUUUUGGCUACGUAUGUCGCGGCUGCAAGAUUCAGAAGAAGCUUAGUUUUGUGACUCCAGAUCUGUUGUUGGCUCAAAGGAAGGUCACAUUUUGUGCAGUGUGUCUGAACAAUGCUAUCAGAGCACCUGCAGCCGCCGCAGCAAGAGCUCAGAUACUAAACUCAGCUCAUAGAGUGAUCAAGACGUACGCGUAUACUCACAACUCCGAAGCAAGCACUAUUUCUGAAUACUCGAGCAGUUUUGCGUAG